GUUGGCCGUUUAUUUCCGGGGCAGCUGCUGCUUCUUCCCCACACAACAUGGCGGCCUCCUUCACCCUCCGCGGGGCUCUGCUCGGAGUUUCCCGCCUGCGCUGCCGGACACCGGGACCUCCUGCCGGCGCUGCCGGGCUCAGGUUCGUUUGCAACGCCGGUCCAGAGGAAAGGAGGGCGGGGAUAAUCGAGUCCACAGAGGAGUAUAAGUUCGUGGAGCGGCUCAUCCCGCCGUCACGGGUGCCCGCUCCGCCUCGACACGCCGGUGUCACCCCGUCCGGCUGGAGCCCUCCGGCGGACUCACCUCCGCCUCUGCCGUACGUUAUCCGACGCUCCCGCAUGCACAACAUCCCGGUGUACACCGACCUGACCAACGGCAGCCGGAAGAUGACCCUGAUACGGAAAGUGGAGGGAGACAUCUGGGCUCUGGAGAAGGACGUGAAGGAGUUUCUGAAGGAGGUGACGGGCAAAGAGCUGCCCACGCAGGUCAACGAGGUCACCAUGACCCUGAAGGUCAAAGGUCACUUCGAUGGGGAGCUGAAGCAGUGGUUGACCAGCAAAGGUUUCUGACUGAGGACUGUCCCGGCAUCAUGUCAGGGUGCAGGUGGACGUGGAGAGGACUCAUCCUCACUGGACCUGCUGCCAUGGCAACAUCUUUCAAACUGUCCUGCAGUACUCUGAGACAGACUGCUCCUGUUGAAGGACGUUUUUACACCAGAGAUGCUGCAGCUGUGGGAUCACACUGUGUGACUGUGUAUAUACUGUAUUAAAUAAUUGAAUGCAACAUUAAAAACAAACAAAGUGCA